AUGUCGACUACCACAAAUCUCCACCCUCCCCAUUCCUCGUCCUCCCACAUGCCUCCUGCGACCCCGACACCAGGCGCACAGACGUCGAGGCAGAUGACAUUAUGGAUUCAUGAUCCUGAUGCAAACCCAACGCUAUCGCGUCAAGAUGCGAUACUUAAUUACGAGUUGUUUGCGCCUGGUAUCGCGAAACCAGGGGAUAUUGCGGAAGUUAGGUUAUUGCCAGGGAAUAAUGCUGGUGACGAUGUUCCAACUGCGGGGGGGAUCGGCGUGGCUGCGGAGAAUAUGGAGAGGAAAAGAAGCGUUUCUAAUAAUGGAUGUGGUGAGGGGACGGAGAGAGGGUUUCCAUUACAGCCGAAGAAUGACCGAGGGGAGAAGAGGUUCUUGUUUGUGGUGAGAAAACUGACGGCGGAACAAAGGUCGAAGCCCAAUAUGCAGAUCUCAUUAGCAAAUCAUGUCGCAAAUCUAUUUGGUUUCCCAUCUAGAGCUACGGUGAUUGUCUCGAUCGUCGAAAAAGAACAUCAUGAGGCCAGUCAUAUAGAAAUUUAUUUCCGAGACCAAUAUAUCUCCCGCAGCGACAUGUGGCGCAUGUCCACUGCUCUCUUGACAGAUACAUGCCCCUACAACGCCCAAAAACUUCUUUUUAUACAGUCCGUUCGCGGUACAGUGGGAAAUAUUUGGGUUCGCGGAGAAAAGGUUCAGUCAGCGUACUUCUCUCCACAUACGGUCCCCAUAUUUCGCUCCGAGUCGGCGCACUAUGUUCUCUUCGUGCAGAUGUCACGCGAGAUGUGGCAUUUUGACACCGACGACGGUGGGGAAGGAGAUCAAGGGCUAGACACGGGCGGUGCUGGUGUUGGUGUUGGAGGUGAAAUCGUUUUCAACAAGCUUGUCAACGGUUUCCUCCCAGAGCUCUUUAAAAGGUGGAAACGCAUCAAUGCCCACCACCUCGUCUCGAUAGUUCUGUUCACCCGAGUCGUCUAUGAGCAUGGUGAACCUGUAGGUAUCCUCAACGGCGGGAAGGAAUCCGAAGAAUUUCUCGGGACCCCCGGUGGAAUCGGAAUAGGCGAAGGCCGCCGUUAUCGAGAUUUUUACCGCGUCGUAGUAUCUUCAAUGGCAUCGGCAGACUGGACUAUUAUUCUUCAUCGACUGAAACGUGAAUUCACUGUAUUCCUUAGGGAUGUACUCGUUCAACCUGUUGAAGACGACGAACCAAGCCCAGAUGCAAAUAGCACACCCAUACCUAGCAGUGCUAUCUCUACCACAGUUUCCCGCCCUGGUACCCCGGCCGCGUUCCCUCCCCAGAUUACAGAAAUGCUUCGGCCUGCUUCCUCAUCCACUAAUUCCCAGCCUUCCCCGAAAAUUCCGCCUCAAAAGGAAGCGCCAAAGCCGAAAGAAAGGAAAACAAUCAUCGCUGGUCGUCCUUCCGCAGCUAUUCAUGGUAAUAUUCUUGAGGCUAUCAAUCUUGCUACAUUUCAGUUUAGUCAAGAUUACGUUGACCGUGACCUUGUUCGUACGGGUAUCAGUGUCGUAAUUAUCACUCCUGGAACCGGCCAUUUCGAGGUCGAUUAUGACAUGUUGAAAGCCACUACCGAUGGCCUCAUUAUGAACGGCAUGGGUGUGGACCUAGUCUGCCUUUCUAAGGUCCCACUCCACACUGUCCCCCUCUUCAAAUACCGUAAUCCAUCACCCCGUCCCGCUCCAACUCCAAACGAAUACCACGAUGAUAAACCUAAAUUUCUUGGCGUCUCACCGCCAAAGGUUACAAUCGGUUCCCAGAACUCGAGUAUUCCUCCCCAACCUCCGAUUCAACCUCAGCCUCCACAAUUGGGGGAAUGGGUUUUCGCCGUCCCUCAUUGGAUCGAUAUCUCAUUUUGGUCCGCGGCCUCUGAGAAGAAGGUCAAGAAGAAAAACAACCUUACAGGGAAAUUCGAAAAAAAGAAAGAUACAGUCAAAGCCAAACCCAAGAGCCAUGGUUUCAAACCUAGAUGUAAGAUGUACGAAUUGCAGAUGAUGGGAGUUAUGGAGACUGAGGUCUCUGAGAUUUCCGUUCCGUUUAUACAUGAAAGUCCGUUCUGGCAACCUUGGCCGACGCCUAUAAAAUCACCAGAUGUAGAUGAGAUCGGGCCCGGGACGUCAAUAGCAGCUGGAAAGGGGAAGGCGAAGGUAGUAUAUUCUAAAGACGCUUUCAAAUGGAUGGAUGACUACGACGAAGCUGUGUUUGCUCCGCUUCCUAAACUCAGGGAAUUGGAAAAAGCUGCUCGUGAGCGUAAGCUUGGCAGCCGUGAAAGUGACGAUAAAAAACUACGAUUGAAGCUGGAAGAGGAUCCGAUGGUUCUUGGAACUAGUUUCCAUGGUGAGGCGCAGCGUGGGCAGCUGGCUAGUCUUGCAGCAUCUGGUUUCUUUGAUAGGAAGAUGAAAGCCGAAAGACAGCCGGCUGAUCUCGAUAGUCCUAUUGAGGCUCGGGAGAACGAUGUUAUGCCACACCAUACUGCACAACCACAGAUGGCUACAAUUGCGGAGGCUGCGCAUGUGGGUCCAACUACUCUACAGGAUAUGACGGUUAUACCACAACAUCAACCACCGCAGCCACAGUCACAGCCGCAGCCGCAGCCAGGCUCUGGGGGUAUCUUGGGCAAGCCAACGAGGUUGGUGAGGAACAUUAGUUUUGGAUUCAAGUGGGGUGCUGCAAAGGCGACUGCAAAGACGGGGCUUGUAGGAACAGAAACUGCUGCUGGAACGGGGCUGUUUAGUAACCCGGGAAGUGGUGUUAUGGUCACUAGAGGAUUUGAUACUGGCGAGAAUAGUAUCCUGGCUCCGCCGAAGAGCCCGUUGAGCCCUAGGAUGAGCGAUCACGGGAGUAGUGCAGGAGCGCCGAGUCCGGAAAAACUGGGUUGGGGGAGUAGACCAAUUUCUAUCAAGAAUAACGCAAUCAGCUCGCUGGAGGCCGCUAGCAGGGAACGGGAGCGGCGAAGAUCCUUCGCUGGGAGUCCACUUGAAGGCCGUGGGGGUGGAGGUGGGAAUAUGGAUAUCUUGAAGGCUGCAGGUAUGCAGAGGCGGGACCGUCCAGCUAUUGACAUCGCCGCGAACCAAGAUAAAAUGGCUGUUAUUCCAACUGUCUCUCCUACGAGCGCUCUCGCGCCAUGGGUCCAGGUGCUUAACCCGAGUAAUCCAAAAAAGAACCCUCCCAGCGUCGUGAACCAGUUCCGUCGCUGGCACCAUGUGUUUCCCAAACCGCUAAAGAUCUCGACUGUCAAAUGGAAGAGUCUCUGCUCUCCAGCUGCUCUUCCACUCACAACCGAACACUUCCCAACCGCUGAGCAACUUCGCGACGAAUACCAGGAGAAUCCGUACGUCAUUUGUCAGAACGAGAUUGAUGAGCCCGAAGACUCUGUGGGAAACAACCGUGAGGAGCUUGUUCGGGCAAUGAUUGGGCAGCGUCUCGCACAAGGUUUCCAGAUAGUUGUUGGGUCCAGUGUAAAGGCAGCAACUGGCGGUGGCGGUGAUACAAAUAUCUAUGAGCCCUAUUAUAUGGUUAAGGCUGGAAGCUCGUGUUUCAUGAGUCUGGGAAGUCAAAUCCAUCAGCUCAUCUGCGAUGAGGAGUACAAUGUUGAGGUGAAGCGCUAUGUCAGGAAGCCAAUGGCGGCAAUUCCAGGUUCAGGUUUAGUUGGUGCUGGGGCCAGCAAUGAGUAUAUUAGCUACAUGAAAACCAUCAUGAGCGAUAAGUAUCUGCCUGUCAAAGCGUCCUUCAAGUUGCCCAUCACCGAGUAUAAUUGGAACUACGUCGACCAGUAUAUCGGGGGUUACGAAGAUUCACUCACAGAGCAAUUGCGCUACUGGAGGGCCAGGUUUGUUCUUAUCCCGAAUGAUCCACCAGAGUCUGCGCGCAAGAGUGGGAUGUUCAACCGCCCUGGCCGACAUGACCAGCAGGGUCAGCUUGAACAUAUCACUGAGUUAAAUGAUGAGGAAAUCCGUCUAGAGGGUAUCAAGAAGUUGACUCAAUUGUUCCAACGCAACCGUUAUAUCCCGCCAGAGGAGCGCCAGUAUUCCAGUAAAUCCAAAGGAAAGGAAAAGGACCCCCUGCAGAUUCUAUAUAAAACUUUCGAUCCUAGCGUUGUCGUAGCGCAAGAGCUUGAAAGUCUCCCUCCGGCAGAAAAUAAUAACAUGCGCCGUAGCCAACUGCUAUCCACUGAACUGUUCGACAAGAGGUCUCUCGAUAUUGUAGGAGUUGCGCAGGAGCUCCAAGGUCCCCGUGGUGUUCGCUUGGAGAAUCGCCGUUGGCAUCUUAGGUAUCACACAAACUGUUUUGUGGGCGACGAGAUGGUGACCUGGAUCCUCGAGAAUUUCAAAGAAGUUUGCACCCGCGCAGAGGCAGAGGAUAUCGGGGCAAAGCUCUUUAAGGCAGGACUUUUCCAGCACGUCGAUAAGCGCCAUGAGUUUAGGGACGGUAAUUACUUUUACCGUAUUGCGGAACAGUUUGUGGUCCAUCAGCCUAGGCCCACAUCAAAAGGGACCGGGUGGUUCGGGGGGUUCAACACCAAAUCUGUCCCAGCGACUCCGUCAAGUGUAAAGGAUGAAAGUAUCAGCCCGUUAAGAAGCAGAAGUAGCACAAUGAUGACUGACGAUAGCUCUGAGGGAUCUUGUGCAUCUGGGUUUCGCACGCCUACUCCAGUCCCGAAGAAGAAGGCAGAGGUUGAGUUGAGUAAAGUGAUGAAAUAUGAUGUAGAUCCGGGGAAAAAGAGUUACCGCAAGGAAAUCAUCAACCUUCACUACGACCGCCUUCACAACCCGGACAAUUGCUACCACAUUCGAAUCGAUUGGAUGAAUACCACAUCUAAGUUGAUUGAAGACUCGUUGACUUCAUGGGCUCGUACAAUCGAUCGAUAUGGAUUGAAACUUGUUGAAGCGCCCAUUGACGAGGUCUCAACUAUUCCGAUCAGAAAUCCGUUCAGAAGCCCCUAUAUCAUCAAAUUCAGUUCUCCUCCUCCACAAGCGCCGCCGUCGCCUCAGCAUCCGCCAGCAUUCACCCAGCCAUCCUCGCCAACAGUUGAAAAUAUGGAGAUGUCAACGAUCCUUACCCCACUCCCGCCACCACCACAUCCACCCGCAAAUAACGAUCCCCAUUUUUAUCAUAAAGCUGCCCUGAAGAAAUUUGGGUUUGUCCUUGACAUCGAAAGCGCACGAAACUUCCCUGCCGAUGUCAAGGUCAAAUACUCUUGGGGUGUUCCCAACUACCGCUGGAGCCAAUACAUCCACAAGACUGGCUCCCUCUUCGUCCAAGUCAAUGACGAAGGUCACUUUCUCAUGAUGGCUAAUAGGAGCUACUCAACCCGUGUCAACCGUAUAACUCCUCCAUCGGGUCCACCACCUCCACCCGAGAUUACACCGGAAGCUCUCGUGGCCGACUUUGAGAGUUUCUGUAACGAACCCGAGACGUUGAAGAAAUUUUUCAAGAGCGUGGUGAUUAGUAGUAAGAACGUCAUCACGUAUGAUGAUGCCAGCCUUGGGGCCAUAAGUGCUAGUAUGAGCAGUAGCCGUGUCCUCUCAUCCCCAUUUCCGAGAAUUGAGCCGCCGGUUUUCCCGGCACAGCUGGCGAGUCCGGUAUUAGGGCCACUAGGUGCGGGAAGUCCAACUACCGGCGCGAGUACUGUGCAUGGGGUCGGGAGAUCAAGUAUGGGCCUACAGAGUGGAUUGCAGAGUGGUAGGAGUAGUAUUGCGGACGUUCCAGAAGAUUUUCAUCUUUCGUUGAGGUAUACUUGA